UGUAUCAUCAUUUGUCAGGGCCAUACAGUUUGGAGGAAAGGGAUACGCUCCACCUGAGUCUGAUCCAUAAAGGAAGCAUGUAAAGGGCCUAUCAGAAUUUCUCAAUUUUGCCAACCAGCUUCAAGAAAUUUUAGGAGAAACCUCUAACCCUUGAGAAGCUGGAUCCAAGCUGGUGUCUAGUAUAAGAACUGCUCUGGUCAAAGGCUGCAGUGGAGGAGAUCCAGUGUAUGCAGCAGCAGAUGGCACAGCUAAGGAACUCAAGGAAUGAAUAAGUAAAAUACACACCGCACAGACACAGUCAGCGGUUGGCACAGGGAUCAGUCCGGCAAGGAUAAACCAUGGUUGACCUAGUCAGCUCUUAGCCUGUUAUGAGCAUGAUCUUUCCAAAUACCGUUAUCACCUUCAUAAGACAACUCUUGUUGAUUUAUUAUUUUAUUUUUUUUAGCCCAAAGCUUUAUGCUAUUAACCAUUCCACUGCGUAUGGGGCAGAGAGACUGUUAAGUUUCUGAUUGCCCUGUUGGAUGAAGAGCCACUAGUGCUGCCCUGCAGGAACAAGGCGGAACUGCUCUCUGAAGAUCAUGCUGUUCUUAAUACCUCCAGAAGCUCCCACGGGAUCUUCUCCAAAGCCGUUUCGGAACCGUGUCUGCAGCCAACAAGAACAUAUCAAAUCCAAGAGACUGUGGCCAACCAUCCGCUCUCAGUUUGUUUGCACUUACAAACAUGAUGAUCUGACCCUCAACUGGGUGUUGGAAUUUCCCAGUACCAGUCAGCUGCCCACCUGUGUGCACCCUGUGCCCAAACAAACCAACUCCUCGACUGUGGAGGAAGAGCAUGACCCCACUGGAAUGGAUAACAGACUCACAGUGGAUGUGGACUCAAUGGCCACUAACUUGAGGCGUGAUGGUACCGGCCAAUCCGCUCUGGGGGAACAUAGUGGAAAUGCCUGGAACAGAGCAGGUGGGAGGAAGAUCCAGCCAGCACAGCACAGAAGAGCAGCCGAGACCUCGAAGAGAAAGCUUGUCAAUAGGGAGUGCAUGGAGCAGGGAAGUGAAGAAAACCAGCCCCCUCAGAAGAGACCCCCUGCCAAAGCCCCCAAUGGAGGUCCAGGGAAAGAGAACAUGAAAUCUGCCAGCAAGAAACUCAUUGUUGGUCAGGGCAAACUUGUAAGCUUUUUCAGACUGUAAUUUAUUCUCAGUUCUCUUAUCUGUAGCGAUGGUCCAUUUGAGCAACAGGGUCACGUUACAGUAUUUAUUAGUAGCCUAAAUGAAUUUUAUGUUGAUCAAGCCAAGAUCAUGUCAACAUGGGCUACUUGACUUUAUAACUACUGUUCUAAGCACAAUUACGGAAAGUGUGUGUAUAUGUUUGUGUAUGUGCAUGUAAUGAGUGGACUUGGCAGAGAAAGAACUUUUAUCUUUCUAAAGCGUUUUAGAGUUUAAAGGUUAUAUCAUGAUGUAUGAUUUUUUAUUUUUUAUUUGCUGUCUUAAUCACAACUC